AUGAAUCGCAGACGUCCUCACGAUGGCGAUGAAGAAGGCUAUGAUCACCGCAAUCGCAAGCGUAGACGCGUUUCUGAAAAUCAGGAAAUUGAAGAUAGAUUGGAGUCACUCAUUUUGCGGGUUGGUGAACGCAGCACAUCAUCAGUGGAAUCGAACUUAGAAGGAUUGGUUUCUGUGUUAGAGGCAGAUCUGGGUACUUUUCGUUUAAAAAUAUUGCGAAUUCUAUCGGAUUGUGCAGUUAAAAUGCCCGAAAAAUGUACUAUCUAUACGACUUUGGUUGGUUUAUUGAAUGCGAAAAAUUAUAAAUUCGGUGGAGAAUUUGUAGAUCAUAUGGUGAAAACAUUCAAAGAAGCCUUGAAAAUGUGCUGGUGGGAUGCCGCACGUUAUUCGUUACGUUUUCUGGCUGAUUUAGUGAACUGUCAUGUAAUAUCAGCCACUAGUCUCUUGCAACUUCUGGACACAAUGAUCGAUGUUUCAAACGAGGACACAGUACCACAAGUUCGUCGGGACUGGUUCGUUUUUGCGGUACUUUCCACACUACCAUGGGUUGGCCGUGAUUUAUAUGAGAAAAAGGAGUCGUCACUAGAAUCUCUGCUGUUACGCAUUGAAGUAUAUUUGAAUAAACGUUCUAAGAAGCACCACAACGCUUUACGUGUGUGGUCCGUGGAUGCACCACAUCCACAGGAAGAAUAUUUAGAUUGUCUAUGGGCGCAAAUUCGUAAAUUACGUCAAGAUAAUUGGGCUGAAAAACACAUUCCACGUCCAUAUCUAGCCUUUGACUCUAUUUUAUGUGAAGCACUACAACAUAACUUACCCCCUAUAGUGCCACCACCACAUCAUGAGUCAUAUGAAUAUCCCAUGCCGUGGGUUGUUUAUCGCAUGUUCGAUUACACUGAUUGUCCUGAUGGCCCCAAUUUACCAGGUGCACAUUCAAUCGAGCGUUUCUUAAUUGAAGAACACCUCCACCAUAUAAUUGAGACACAUAGAUUAGAACGAAAAGAUUGUGCAGCGCAACUACUGGCGUUCCCCUACAAGAACAAAAUACCUCUAGAAUACUGUAUUGUUGAGGUUGUAUUUGCGGAAAUAUUCCAUAUGCCUACACCUCGUUAUCUGGAAAUUGUUUAUGGGUCCAUUCUUAUUGAGUUGUGCAAAUUACAACCAGCAACACUGCCACAAGUGCUAGCACAGGCCACUGAAAUUUUGUUCAUGCGUAUUGAUUCAAUGAAUACAUCUUGUUUUGACCGUUUUGUGAAUUGGUUUUCGUACCAUUUAAGUAACUUCAAAUUCACAUGGUCUUGGGAGGAGUGGGAUAGUUGUUUGUUGUUAGAUCCAGAGCAUCCACGCCCAAAAUUCAUACAAGAGGUUUUACAUAAAUGUUUAAGAUUAUCUUAUCAUCAACGGAUCACGGAGAUGAUGCCUGAAACAUAUGCUAAGCUUAUACCAGUUCCACCGCAACCCAACUAUAAGUAUGCUUCCGAAGAUGCAGCUUCGUUGGCCGGCACUCAAGUGGCACAUCAGUUAGUGGUGGCAAUCCGACAGAAAUGCACACCCGAGGAGGUAAUCAAUAUUCUGAAGGAGUUGCCGAAUUCCGGUGAAAAUGCCGAUCAGGAAAUGUCAGAAACAUCAUUCAAUCCACUUAAAAUCGACGUGUUUGUGCAGACGCUACUGAAUUUAGGUGCCAAAUCAUUUUCGCACAGUUUUGCUGCAAUAUCGAAAUUUCAUUUGGUGUUUAAGGCACUCGCAGAAUCCGAGGAGGCGCAAAUUUGUAUACUUCACAAUGUUUAUGAGUUAUGGCAGAAUCACCAACAAAUGAUGGUAGUAAUAAUCGAUAAAUUGUUGAAAUUGCAAAUUGUUGAUUGCUCAGCUGUUGCUACAUGGAUAUUCUCCAAAGAGAUGACCGGCGAGUUUACCAAGAUGUAUUUAUGGGAGAUACUCCAUUUGACCAUAAAGAAAAUGAACAAACAUGUCAUAAAAUUGAGCAGUGAAUUAACGGAUGCUAAGGAGAAGUUAGCCAAAGUGGAUUCAUCGUCUAGCGAAUCAGAGGACGAAGCAACGCCAAAGCGCAAAAAACCCAUCAAUCACGUUGAUAAACCAACUGAAGAGAUGGUCGAACGUAUGGAAGAGAAAUUGGAGGCAGCCAAUGUGGAUCAAAAACGUCUUUUCUUGAUCGUUUUCCAACGUUUCAUAAUGAUAUUGUCCGAACAUUUAGUACGUUCUGAUACAGACGGACGCGAUCCGGACACCGAUUGGUAUCGCUGGACUAUUGGUCGUCUACAGCAAGUAUUUCUAAUGCACCACGAACAAGUGCAAAAGUAUAGUAGUACGCUUGAGACGCUGCUUUUCACAUCGGACUUGGACUCACACAUAUUGGAAGUGUUCCAUCAGUUUGUAGCUUUAAGAGCUUAAGGCAAUUUAAGAUUAUACAAGUUUUAUGCGGUCCAUUUAUUUUCUUUAUUCCAUUAUUCGCAAGCCCGAAUCAAAACUUAACUAGUGCACCCUAAAAAAAUUAAUUUAAGGUGGAAAUAUUUUUUCAAACCUAUCUAGUAUCUGCUAUUGAAUAUGAUAUAGAUUCAUUUGUGAAAAAUGUUUAACGCACUGACUAACUUUACCAAAAUUUAGUUAGAAUAAAUUUGAAAUAAAAAUGCAGUUCAAUGUUUCAUUGAUGUAAACUUUUCUAGAAUUGUAAAUUCAAAUAAGAGUGAAGGGAAAUAAAUUUACAACAAGCUAAAA